GUAGCUUUCACGUGACCUGCUGUGAGGAUGGCGGAAGUUAGUAGUCGGUCUGGAUGUGCCUCAGCAAUGGCGAAGUUUGCAGUUUUAUUUGUAUUUUCUUUAUUAUGUACUUGCAGGGCACAAGUGCCUUUAAUCAUGUGGACCAGUGAUGGGUACACUUUCCCAACCCUGGUUGAACCAACAGCUGGUGAGAUUGUCUCCGGUGCGAAGUUGGCAUCCUAUUUGAAAUCAGCCUUGACAACUUCUCCACACAACGUGCUGCUGUUUUUACAGGACGAGUUAAGCAUGGAUGAUUUCACAGCAUACGGUGGGGUGUACGGCAACAAGGAAGACAGCGUCUUUGUAAACUUGGAGUCUGCAUUGCAGGCGUCCACUCCCAUUGUGCUGCCAGCUCUGGCCUGGACUGCAGCCGACUCCGUGGAGGAAAUCUUCCAGCAGGAGCUCGGAGUUCCUGCACUCACCAUUGCACCGUCAGAACUCGGCCAGCUUCAGCUGAACACAGCACAGCCUUCUCUACUGGUCAUCAGGCUCCCAUACACCACUGGUGCCCAAGCAAAAGAGCUUCUUAGGAAAAAUGAUGAGACCAUUGGAUAUGUCCUGACUACACUGCGAGCUCAGAGUGUGCCUUAUACCGCUGUUUACACCGGCCUGAGACCUUCUCAUGUGAUUCAGGACACGUCCAUGGCUUGGGAAUUAGCGGGACGCUCGCUGCUGCAGACAUCAGCAGAACCAGCCGUCAAACCUCCAGUGACUUUCAACAGCACCGAAGGAAAGCCUUGUAUUCUGCUCUGGGCUGAUGAACUAAACAUCAGCUAUGACAAGGGAAAGUUUUUUGAUUUGGGCUCUCUUACGUUCAAUGGCUCGGUCUCUCUGGAUGGUUCUUUCUGUAAUGAAACCUUUUCCAGUCUUGUCCUGAAUUAUGAAAAUGUUCUGAAUUUCCGCUCCUUCCAGCUUAUCUUCUUGAUGCGCAAGAUCUUCUUCCCUGUGUCGGCUCGUAACUGGACGGUCAUGGAGCAGGUGGAGCUGAACUAUGACGGCCAGAAGGCCAUCUUCAACGCCAGCCAUGGAAUCUAUGCUCCUGCUGAGUAUUCCUUCCACUGUCAGAAAGUGAGCAGUGCUCAGAGCCCCCUACUGGUGCCACGCAACACGAAGGACAACGCCACCCUCUGGAGUGUCCUCUUCACUGACUUCCAGAUCCAGGGCUUCAACGUGACUGGGAAUUUCUCGUACGCCAGCGACUGUGCCAGCUUCUUCACACCGGGAAUCUGGAUGGGGCUGCUCACUUCUCUGCUCAUGGUUUUCAUCCUCACCUACGGCCUGCACAUGAUUAUGCAGCUGCGCACUAUGGACCGCUUUGACGAUCCUAAAGGCCCUAGCAUUUCUGUGCCUCAGAACGAGUAAUUCGAAGCCAAAGCCAAACGCCUUCCGGUUUCAUUUUUAUUCUGUUUGUGCUGACCUAGAUUAGAAACCUGUUUUCGUCCCAGAGGUUCCACGUUGUAGAGAUCGCGCACUAUGCAAGGUGUUUAUCCUGUCGUCAGCACUACAACCUUGUGCUGUUUCAGGUACAGAAUCAGUUUACGGUUUUGCUGACACUUUUCAACAUUUGUGCAACAUUUGUUUCACAGAUAUGCAAUUUCCCUUCUGAUGUAAUAUUUCCUGAAGCAAUAGUGCUUCUCAUUAUGUAUUGUUUGCACCACUAGCACACACACACAGACACACACAAAAAAAAAAUACUGGUGCCAUCCUGAUAUUGAAUGUCUUAUACAAUGCUAAACCUGCUACGUGUAUUUGAUACAGAUGUAGUACUUGCCAAAAUGUCAUAUGCCAAAUGUACUACUGAAGUGUCCUUGAACAGUUUUAUCCUUCUUUUUUUUAAUAUAUACUACUGAAGUGUCUUUUAAUACCAAAGCAAAACAAAAGUGUGGGGUUUAGUCAUUAAUAUCUGUGAACAACUGUGCUGUAGUGCUAAUUCUUCCCUAAAUCUCUCACCGUCUCACCAAACAUCCCUGAGUUAUAGCUGGCCAUGUGACAACAAUACGUGAGGAAUAAAACAAGUUGGGGUGUGCUGUUACAGGAAAAUAAAACAAUGACGGGGUGGUGGGAUGCAUUACCACCCCAAAGUUGAUUAUUUUCAUAUAACAGCACAUUCCAAACUAUUUUAUUUCACUUAUACCACAGCAGCAUGCUAAUAGAAAUUAUUUUUGUUUAUUAAAGAUCAUACUUUUUUUUUUUUUUUUUUUAUCAGUUCGUAGUUACACAAAACAAGUUAGUUCCUGUUAUCACUUAGUUUAUAGCAGCACCAGUGUCUUUUUUCUCUCUCAAAGUUAAUAAGAAAAAAAAAAAAAAAUGCAGCUUGUCAUGUUAGAGACACUGCAAAGUGCCAAGUCCUCCAUCCUGAACACAUUCCCAUAGUCAGAAAAGUUACAGCUUUACCUGAUUUUUACGUAGCACUGACACUGAAGACUCCUUCAAGAACUGCUAAAUAAAUAUCUCUCAUUAUCAUUCACUUUUUUCCAUGUUUUUUUUUUUAUCAUCUAUUUUAUCAAGUCCCUGUGCAAGUUGUUACUAUAGAAACGAUAAUGUAUGACAAGUGCAUUAAUAUGAACCUGUGAUUUGCCUUGCAACUGACACUACUGUCAGAGCUGCUGUUAUAGAAAAUUAAUCAACACAAUGCUGUGGUGUAAACUGCAAUAUCCGACAGUAAAAUCCUUUUUAACGUGGAGAUGCAAAGUAUUAUCUCUUUCUCUGCGUGCCAAUCAGGAGGACGUGACCCACGUAGGCAGCAUUUUCAGCUCGUGUUCAGGCGCUCUCGGAAAUCCUCUCGCUUUCCUGAUUUGAACGGAAAUCAGGAGAUAUAGGAGAUUACUCUUCACGUAAAUGCCAUCAAGGACACAACUGUUGUCCCAAAUGUUUACAAAUUUGUUCUUUACUGUUAAAAUGCUGUCCAGUGCUAAGUUACUAGUAAACAUUAUCUAAUUAUAAAAAAUGUGGAAAUUUAUGGUGUAGUAAUGAAUUCAAUUUUCUGAUACAACCUUAAUUUAGAUUGCUAUUUUUUUUUAUUUUUUAUUUUAUAAAAACAGUUCUUGCUUAAGAAUAAUCCCAUUGUAACUCCAGAAGGCGCUGCCUGUGUCACCAUCUCUGUUUCAUAAUUGCUGGAUGUGUAAUUUAAAGAACACUUAGCAAUAAUUUAAAGCUUAUAUGUAUAUUUGUGCCAUUUAAUUGCUACCAUUAUAUGGACAUGAACAAAAGAAAUAUGCUUAUGAAAUAAAUCUAUUUAUAAAUGAA